ACCGGAAGUAGGUGACGGUUGCUGCGGUGUUCACGCGCUCUGUCACUGGUCAGCUUUACCGGCAGUUCAGGGACACAGCAACGGAUGGAGAGAAUUCAUAUCUGCUCAAAGGACGUGAGAGCGGUAGAAGAUGAGUUCACAGCAGUAUCAGCGAGCAGGACUGAAUCCCGCACACACACAGGCAGCAAACACACCGGGGGUCCAAACCAAGCAGACCACCUCAGGUCAUGAGGACGGUGGGCGUGACUCGGGUCUCGCUUCUUCGUCCAGCGCCGCAGCUCCCCUCAGAGACGACAAGCAGGAGCCGGUGGUGGUGCGACCGUAUGGAGCGACGUCCUCCGCCCCUCCGUCACUGCCUCAGCACAUCCCUGUCACCUUCACUGAGGGACCUGGAAAGGUACAGUCUGCUCUGAAGACUCCUAUUCCUAGCCGUGUAAUCGCCCCAGCCCCGGCUCAGGGGCAUCUCGCCCUACCCCACAAAGUACCGGGACACCUCACCGUGGAGAACGCCAUGCCGCAGGCGUCCGGGAUCCCAGUGGCCACCAUCAGCGGGCAGCAGGGUCACACUGGAAACCUGCACCGCAUCAUGGCCACCAAUUUGCAGAUUAUCCGUAGCGGGACUCCGGCACUGCAGAUCGGAUCCUCGGCCGCGCCGCAGCAUCAGUUUCCCUCACAUUUACCCAGAGGAGCUGCGGCCGCUGCUGUGAUGUCCAGUUCAAAGGGAGCGACUGUGUUGAGACCGGCGUCGGGACCGAACAGCGCCGCGGGACAGCCGACGGUCCAGCACAUCAUCCACCAGCCCAUUCAGUCACGUCCGAUAGUCACCACGUCCACGGCGGUCCUGCCCACAGUCGUGGCUCCGGUCGCGGCCACCAGGCCUCAGUCUCCUGUUAUUAGCACGGUGACGGCUCACUCAGGAGAAUUAGUGCACGGACGCUCAGCUACCCUGAGUACCCUAGCUACCCUGAGUAUCCAGCGGGCUCCUCACGCUCGGGACACGCCCACCCGCAUCACACUUCCGUCCCACCCAGCUAUCGGCGCUCAGAAGCCCCUCCCACACUCCUUGGCACAGAAACCAAUCUUUAGCACCGUGACGCCUGUCGCCGCGGCAACUGUGGCCCCCAUACUGGCCACCAACACGGUUCCAUCAACAUCAACUACAGGCUCCAUGACCCAGUCCCAGGUGUCCAGCAGUAACAUAGGUACAGUGACGAUGGCCUCUCAUUCCACUCACGCCACUGCAGUGACCACCUCCACCAUCCCCGUGGCAAAGGUGGUGCCCCAGCCGAUCACACACACCUCUCCUCGAAUCCAGUCUGAGUUCAGUGGAGAAAGAGGGAACCUCAUCCCCAUCUCAGCUCAUCGCGCUUCCCCUAAUCCUGCUGCUGCUAUGGAGAACCGCAGUGACGCCAGGCAGUCUGUUCCUAUGCAGAUUCAGUACUUCCUGCCAACCUACCAAUCAGCUUCUUACCCUCUUUCACACCCCUACACAUCCAUCACCAGCUCGGUGUCCACUAUACGCCCCUAUCCAGUGACGGCUCAGGCUCCGUCUGCCGCUCAGCCCAGCAUGGGCGUGGCCUCCGCUGUCCAUCUAAACUCCAUGCAGCUGAUGACGGUGGAUCGCAUCGCUCAGAUCAACACGCAGAACAUGCAGCCGGCGGCCGUGGCAGCACAGGGAGGCCAAAACGCAGCCAUCGCCGCUCAGGGGCUUCACACCAACGCCCCGAUCACACCGCAGAGCAUCCAGGCUGCUCCCAUCAACCCGCAACAAAACCCAAGUGAGGCCAAGACUUCAGUGGUGCUGGCCGACGGCUCGGCUCUGGUCGCCAACUCCAUCAACAGCACCUUUAACGCCAAUCAGCCCGUCGCCACGGUAACUCAGGCGCACUCACAGGGAGGCGGAUCAGGGACGCCGGCGCUAGUCUCGUCUCCUCGACCCAGCAUUCUCCGCAAAAAACCCGCCAUCGAUGGCACUGCUGUGAGGAAAAAUCUGAUGGCAGCUCAUCUCGGUGACUCUGCCAGGAUGGACGGAGGUCUGAGGAACGCUGCAGGAUCGCCACGACCCGCUGGAGUAAAACCCAAACCCGAUGUCCUCAUGGGUUUGGCUCCUCCUGUCAGCACUGCAGUGGACGCCGUCUCUGGACAAAGCGGCGAGCAGAACGUAGCCCCGCCUUCUUCUCAAAUCCCCGCCCAGCCCGUCUCCGCCCUUCUGGCUUCAGUCACGCCUCCUUCUCAGCCCGUCCCUGCUGCCAUGGCUGUGACUCCGCCCAUCCCUUCAAUGGCCAACGUGGUGGCGCCGCCUUCUCACCCAGCAGCCAGUAGUACUGCGGCUUGUGCCGUUAGCUCCGCCCUUCCAGAAAUUAAGCAGGAGGCGGCGCCCAUGGACACCUCAAAACCAGUGACUCCAGCGCCACCUAGUGGCACUCCUGCCCUGUCAGUCCCGGCUGCAGAUCUCACGCCCGGAGCUUCACCCAGGAAAAAGCCCCGGAAGCAGCAGCACGUCAUCUCCACCGAGGAGAGCGAGAUGAUGGAGACCAACAGCACAGACGAGGAGAAACCUCCCGCUAAACCCGUCAGCCACCGACCCGAGAAACGCAAAUCUCCUCCUAAAGAGUACAUCGAUGAGGAAGGUGUGCGGUACGUUCCUGUCCGAAUCCGUCCUCCGGUCACUCUUCUGCGUCAUUACCGUAACCCCUGGAAAGCUGCUUAUCAUCACUUCCAGAGAUACAGUGACGUCCGGGUCAAAGAGGAGAAGAAAGGCAGCCUGCAGGAUGUGGCCAAUCAGAAGGGAGUUGUGUGUCGAGCUCAAGGCUGGAAGAUCCAUCUGUGUGCUGCUCAGCUGGUGCAGCUGACGAAUCUGGAGCACGAUGUCUACAGCCGUUUAACGAGUCUACAGGAAGGUCUCAUCCCCAAGAAAAAAGCCGCAGCAGACGACGAUCUACACCGCAUCAGUGAGCUCAUACAGGGUAACAUGCAGCGCUGUAAGCUGGUGAUGGAUCAGAUCACGGAGGCUCGCGAGGCCAUGAUGAAGGUGCUGGACCACAGAGAGCGAGUCCUCAAACUCCUCAAUAAGAACAGCACCACCAAGAAGCUCCACAAGCUCCACAAACGUAAAGACAGAGCGUGAUGCAGUGUCCAGCAACCGUCACACAGUCCCGUCCGGCCCGGUGUUGGCCCGCUGUUGGAGGUGCAGAAUGAACAGAAUCGCAAAAAAAAAAUAAUAAUUCACGCAGGAAUGCAUUAAAACUGGGAGAAGCUUCUCUCUGUAUGUCUGUCACGGAGCUGAACGGAGUUAGCAUUAAUGUUUGUAGUAUAAAAGCCUUACCUCCACUACAGAAUGCACACACGAGGGACAAUCACAGUUACACUGCAGUAUACGUACACUAGGGGCGGAGUCACUAAAGGAUGCUGGAGAUGGUUAAAAAAAAAUCUAAUACACAAUGGACCUUUCACUAAUGAUUAUUUAGUGUCUCGUUGAACCGUUUUUCAGUAACAGAAAAAUAUUAUAGGACAAAUACUUGAAGACUUUUUCACAAUAUACAAUAUGUGUCAUGAUAAUAUUAUACUACCAAUAGUUCCAUAUUAAAAAGAAAAAUGAUUAUUAUUUAAUAUCUAAUUAAAAAAAUGAAUUAUUUAGAGUUAUCGUUCAGCCAGAAAGAAACACGAUGUUCCCUUUAUCCCAAAUGUGGUGCAAGCUGCACGUGUAAAAUCUUUUACCUGUAGGCCACGCCUCCUACCUGAGUCGCUGCUAGCAAACCAGGUGAGAAAGAAAGUCAGUCGGCUUUGACAUUUUGUGCUGCGAUUGUUUUUAGAUGUUUUCUUGGUAUGUGUGAGACACUGAACACCUCCACCAAGCCAAAUGAGGAGACACCACGUCACGUCAUGAUUUUGGCGUGUGGUUGUGUGGGCUAUAAGCUUCCUUUAUUUGUUAGUAACUUUAGUAAACUGACCCAGGAGUGGACAAAUCUUAACUUCAUUAGGAAGCUUAUCAGGAAAGCGGACGCUCCAUUGUGCUGCUCAGUCUCAUGGUUAAGUUGACAAAGCUAAAAAGUGGUAGGUAGUUAAGUUAAUUUAAUAUAAUAAAGUAUGGUUAGUAAUAUAGUAAAGCAUGAGGCUAGUUAAGUGCAUUAAUAUAGAAAAAGGGGAACAGACAAGUGUAUAUGAUCGUGUCAUGUGUGUUGGCCAGUGUUUCGGGUAUGAACUGUAGUGUUACGCUCUUACAUCUUAUGUAAAAGAAAAAAAUAAUUCGAGCUUGGCUAGUUUUGCUCAAUUUUGCCAGCGUCUCCACAAACCUCCAUGUUCCUGAUUCUGAAAAUCAUCCAUGUUGACUGUGUACGUUAAAUAAUAAAAAUUGUAAUUAUGAAAUUGUUGGACAGUCAGCCAGUGUAUUGAUGCAGGUGGUGGGUUUCAGAAUGAGUGGCGCUAGCUGUAAUUACAGCAUCGAUGGUCAGCACACCACUGUGAAGCACAUCAAGUUUAAAUACACGUUACAUGGACAAAAGUUUGUGCACACCUGACCAUAACACCCAUAUGUGCUGUGCUUGUUGAACAUUCCAGCUUUAGUCCCCCUUUGCUGUUAUAAUAAGCUCCACUCUUCUGGGAAGCUUUCCACUAGUGGCUGUGGGGAUUUGUGUUCAUUCAGCUACAAGAGCAUUAGUGAGGUCAGGCGCUGAUGUUGGGAUGUCGAGGAGGUCUGGGGUUCAGUCGGUGUUCCAGUUCAUCCCAAAGGUGUUCAGUGGGGUUGAGGUCAGGGCUCUGUGCAGGACACUCGAGUUCUUCCACUCCAACCUUCACACACCAUGUCUUCAUGGAGCUCGCUUUGUGCACAGGGGCAUUGUCAUGCUGGAACAGGUUUCAGCCUCUUAGUUCCAGUGAAGGGAAAUUGUAAUGUUACAGCACACGAAGACAUUCUAUACAAUUGUGUGCUUCAGACUUUGUGGUAACAGUUUGGGGAAGAACCAUAUAUGGGUGUGAUGGUCAGGGGUGCACAUACUUUUGGCCAUAUAGUGUAUAUACCAAAUCCAAAUUUUUAUUUUGUGAAAGUCAGUAGGAAGUAGGGUUCGUUUUCUUCUCUUUUUCUUGUUAACAUACUUGUCUGCAUCUACAAAUAAAAUAGGGAUGCACUGAUACUGAUGUUGGUAUCAAGUAUCAGUCAGAUGCCAUUGGGUAUUGUUCCUCCAAUACCAACACUGGUAUUGACAAAUACCAAAAAAAUACUUUUACUCUGUCUGGGGGGAAAAAAAAAAACAUGGGUAUUGCUGUAUUCCUGGAAAAAAAACACUAAUAGCUAAUAUCCUGGGCUGCUGAUUUGUCCACCCUUGCAAUCCAUUACAUUUGGAUGAAGUGGAACAUUGUGUACAUUUGUUUUUUUGGCUGUUACUUUAAUAAGGAAAUGAAUAUAUUUGGUACAGAAAUAGAUUUACACAUCCAAACAGUUGCUUGUUUGUGCAAGUAACAAUGGAGUCUCUCAGUGUUAAGUAUUAAUGAUGCUGUCAAAGAAAAAAAUAACGUGUAAUGACAUGUAAUUUAUCACUAUAUCAAUAUUAUAUUUGUCGUAUUGUUAUAGCAGUAAGACGUGGUCCUACUUUGUAGAUUAAGCUUGAAUUUUGGAGGCUUAAAGUCAGCUCGCUGUGUCUCAAAUCGCACAUUUACUGUAUUACUAUUCUACGUGGAUACUUCUAGCACUAACCUGUCCCAUGAUGCACCACAGAGUGUAAGAUGAUGUACCUACUUCAACUAAUUGAAUCUGUUCUGUAUUGUACUUUGUUCUAUGGUAACAUUAUGCACUGUUUAAGCAUGAGGUCAUCAGAAUGAGAUUUGAGACACAGCCUUGAUAGCUUGAGCAUGGAAAAAGAAAAAAAACAAAACCAAAAGCAGUCCACAGCACUGUCUGUAUGUUUCCAGUUCCCUUCCUUGCGCAAUACCCUAUAUCUGACUCUCUGUUCUUUAUGUAAAGUUCUUCUAUUGGACAGACACUGUGAGAAUCGAAGCACAAAGUGCUGCGUUCAUCUGUGAGAAGUAACAACCAAUAAUAGAGUUUAAUCUGUGUAUGGGUGCCUUGCGUUGCUCAUGACCUGCUAUUGCCAGUGGAGCAUGCUGUAUGAAUAACUGCUGUGAGUUUGAUGCAGCAUGAAGGUGUGUGCCGAUGUUAAGUAUAAUAGUCUACCGGUCAUCUAAUUUUAUAAUAUCAAGGUUAAUGUUAGAGAGUGAAGCGAUGAGUCUGUCCACCAUGGUUUAUAAAAAAAUUCCUAGAACAGCGCAGAGUUUCUUCUAAAGCAUCGUAAAAUUUAAGAUCACUUUAACGCUUAUCUUUAUUUUGGUAAAUGCAAAUGCUGUCCGAACACACGCCUUACGUAGGCUCACGCCUUGAAAGGGCGAAGGGCUGGUGAUAAAAUAUCGAAGCAUCUACAAUAGCAGUAUGCACUGCGAUCAUUUAUCAUUGAGCCAAUCAUCGGCACAUGCCUUAUGGAGUGCGGUAAAGAAUAGGCUCCAAACCUCCGGCUUUAAACCUCCUGCUUCAUGGUCUUACAGGGAUACUCCAGCAUUUUUACAACCUGAUCUCUGUUUACAGUAUCUGAAGUGUGUGAGAUUCAACACGUAUUACGAAGCUCAAAACUGAGAAAAACAAUUUAUGUUGAUACAAAACUCAUGUAUAAUAGAAGUCUAAGGGCCAUGGUUAUGUGAAAAAUCGCCAGCGCAGUUGUGUAGCUGUGAUGGCGCAUGGAUACUACAAAACCUUCAAGCAAGUGUAAAGUAACUACUUUUUACUUUUCAUUUAGACCUUUUUUUAAUAUUUGCAUUAUAUAGUCAUGUAUCUUAAAUAUUUAAUGACAACAACUGCCCUGAGACUUCCAUUAUAACAUGGCAUUCUGUUCUUUUAAACGCACACACGCACACACAGAGGUUGUAUAUAGAGAUCAGGUUUAAAUAUGGAGUACUAUUUGAAUCUGGGCGUGUGCAGUAUUUUUCCCACAGUGCAUUGCGUGGAAAGGCGGAGUCGUCUUCCUGUGUGCCUCCUUACUGUCAUUACAUCAUUACGUUUACUGUGUGUAACCUCCUGAAAUGAUGAGAAAUCGAUAACGUAGAUGAAACGAUGAGUGAACGUCUCGUUUUUCACAUUUCUUCUUUUUUUCCCCCUUUAGUGUGUUUGUAAGUGUUGCGAUCUGUCAGAUGGAUCGUCACAGACGGAUCUCAGAGCACGUCAUGGUGAUCGUCUUUCUGCCUUAGCUGAUCUUUAUUCUAAUCAUGGCAAAUAUAUAUGAGUUUUAAGAUAAGGUAAUAAGGAUUGUGUGAGUGGAUAGAACUGUGCAUGUGAGUGUGUUCAUGUAUGUAUGCAAAUCCUGUAUGCAAACCUUUGGUUUAAAAAUAUGUGAUUUUUUUCUUUGCAUUAUAUAAUAAACUGACAAGCUUA